UAAAAAUAUUUCAGGCUCUACGUGAGAAAACUAGCCUCACUGUUACUUUUCUUGAAGUUUCCAGUCAGAUUUGUUAUAAACACGCACGGUUCAAUUUUCUAGACCUAGCAAACAACGUGGGAAAACAACAUUGAGGAUGUACUUGAUCUUGUAUUAUGGUCUUAUUGUUAUUACUUGUAUUCCUAUUUUGUAUCGAAUUCCGAAAGUGCAGUACUACACCAGAUUCACUGUUUUCUGUGGAGUGAUUUUCAUUGGAUCAUUCUACUACGCUAUCAGUCUGGCUUUUCAUGGGCGGAGCUAUACAAAUGCUUGGUAUUAACCUAUUUGCCUUCGUUAUUACUUUACAAGGAGGUUCAUAAAAAUUAUGUCUUUUUCUGGGCGGUUGAUUGGUUUGUAUCCUGUCGUUGAAAAUCCUGAGUUACUGUCUGAAGAGCCAUGUAUAUAUGUGUGUAAUCAUCAAAGUUGCAUUGAUGUAGCAAGUGCUGUUGGUGUGUGGCCGAAGCGUUGUACCGUCGUUUCUAAGGCUUCACUUAGACUAGCAGGCCCCAUGGGAAUAGUAAUGUGGCUGUGCAAGACCAUUUGUAUUAACCGUUCGCGUCACAGGGAUGCUAUUUCUGCAAUGCAGAAGGCUGCUGAAGCAGCCAAAAGAGAUAAUGUUUCUGUUUUUAUAUUUCCUGAAGGCACAAGGUCUGAUAGCGACACCCUUUUGCCUUUUAAAAAGGGAGCCUUUCAUAUGGCCAUCCAGUGUCAAUUCCCAAUUCAGCCUGUUGUUGUUGAGCCAUACAAAAGGUUCUUAGAUCACAAAAAGAAAAUUUUUGAAGGUGCUACAUACAGAGUGAGGGUUUUGCCAAGAAUUGACACAAAAGGUAUGAAUGCGUCGCAAGUUGAUGAACUUCUCAAUGAAACUCGCACAAAAAUGGUCGAAGCAUUUGAGAGUAUGAAAGUUUCGACCUUUUAGUCAGCGAAUUUUCAUGGUCAUUAAGUAUUUAUUUAUUUUUAUUCAUAUUACCCAACGAAAACCAAGUUCUAUUGUCAAACUGUUAUUUUCUGUGUUAACGCCUAUAUAAAUUGGCUGCUUAACCCAAUCAUUUACACUUAGCUCAUGAUAAUCACUCUUGUUGAUAUUUCAUGACAUUAUUUGUAAACUAUGUAAAUUAUGGAAUUUAGCUCAUACUUUCUUUUGAAAUAAAUUUUUAAAACGGAAGUCCUCGUGAUUA